AUGCCGAUCACAGGUAACACCGAAAAUCAGGACGACAGCGGAAGUGAUGCCGACGACAAUGAAGAUUAUGGAGAUGAAGAGGAAGUAAUUCAAAAUAUCUACCUUCAUGUAUGUAACGAAGAGGGCCAAGAGUUCGCCGGAGUUACCACAUUCCAUGGAAUGAUUCGUAUCUUCACGUCAAGGACAUGGACUUCAUUGAUAUUCUGGGUACUGGUCGUCUCCACAUGUUUAGUGUUCUUCAUGAUCUUCAGCGGGUAUAUACUUUCAAAUUAUGCUAAUGCAAAUACUUUUAUGCGCCGAUAUUCUGAUGUGAAUCACGUCGAUAAUGUAUUCUUAUUAAUUUGUGGAUCUCUGGAGUUAGCUAGUCAGCACGUUUAUGCGAUUCCUCGAAUCAGUUCUGUACAUAUCAAAGGUGAUUGCCUCACAAUCGAAGCUCGCACAUUGAAUAGGCGGUUGUCAAUAGUAUUUCAACAAGAUAUUGCCUUUACCUCUGAAAUAUCACUCACGAUUUCCACUUCUUCCUUUGGUUCCCAACAUCCAGUCUAUUUGAGAAGUCGCCAUCAUCAUCGAUUAUUCGUAGAGGCAACUCAAAUAUCCCGACUAAAUACAACACGUGCUCCAUGUGUAAACGAUUUCUCGGAGCUUACAUGGAUUCGAAAAGGUCGACCAUUAGUUGAAGGCCUCGAACCGUAUACUUUACAGGCAUGUGAACGAAUGCAGGCCAUCGAAUGGGCCCUGCAAGAGAAGGGUUGCGUUCCGAUGAAAAUAUUUGAGAGCAACACGCUCCCAUCAUGUCCGGAAGAGAAUUUUCAACUUCAUCACUCACUUCAAAAAGACUUCCCCUGCUAUCCACCAUGUUCUUCAGUAGAAUGGCGGAUCCGGUCAUCAUACUCACGAAUAUCGCGAGGCUUGAGGAUCUCUCUUGAAUUCAACAAAAAAAUGGAAGUGCUGGUAGAAGUGCGGAAAAUGGGCAUAACAGACGUAUUGUCAUUCGUUGGAGGUGGUACGUCGCUAUUUCUUGGCUGUAGCUGUGUGACUUUGAUGGAGACAUUUGUGUUUCUUCUCAAACUAGUGAUACAAUCAAUCAAUAAAGCUUCAUAUGAAGGUGUUGGAGCCGAUGAUGAAACAAAAAUUGAAUGUCCCGUUGCUGCCGAUAGUUAUGCUACUCAGACCUUGCAAUCGAAUCAACAUAUUCCUCCGAAAGCUCCAUCAAGAGUCGACAUGAAUGAGGGAGAUGUUAUCGGUUCCACUAUGCCGGCGUCACCACAUAAAUCGAUUCAUUGUGUCCGGUUCCUACAAUCAGAUGAGAUUGUUGAAGAUGAUACGCAUCGGCAUCACUAUAGACUUCGUCCACCAUCCUUGUCAGAAUUAAAAUUCAACAGCACAUUCAACGAAAUGGAUACGCAUAACAUAGAAAGAUCUCUGAAGAAUCUUCCAUUGAGUCAAAGGCUUACCUUCGACGGCAACAUGGAACGUCGUCGUCUGAAACGGCAAUGCGCCGUUGAUAUUCCUGAUGAUAAACUCGAUCAAUAUCUCAGCGAACCAACCGGCAAACACUCGUUUUGUGAUGACUUCGAUCGUAAGCAUCCAGCAAGACUUAAAAUACAAGAAACUGCUCAACUUCAAAUUCCAGUUCGUCGAAUUUCAAGUGUGACGUCACGUGGUUCGACAUCCAGUUCUCGAGCUAACGUUCACAUCGUUGAGCACCCACGUCGUCGCAGUCAAAUAUACAAUAAAUUCAUGACAAUGAAUGAUUUUUGA